GAAGCUAGGCGAUGCGCACAUCUCGUGCCGCAUCCCGUUUCACUCCGUCCUCCAAUCGCCUCCGACCUCCGAACAAACGGACCUCCAUACCUCAGCUCAGUUCUCCCUCAGUUUGUGUCGACGCGCCGCGACGCACGGACGUACGGCUCCUCUCUCCAUUUCCAUUACGCGAGCUUUCGAUUUUACCUGUGGAUUUUCAGUGACUUGUGCUCCAUCAUAUAUUUGUGCCCACAUCUUUUUCUGGAUUAGUCAUCGACAUCAUCACACCGACUGGACACGGGUCAUCGCUAGUUUUCAAGGAUUGCCUGCGACUAUUAAAUUGAAGAUAACGUAAAGGAGAAUCGAUUUGGUGCUUAAAAAUUAUCCAAACAUCAUGGAUGAAAAAUGUCCGACAACGUGCGAGCAAUGAAACAAAAAGCAAGGAAGAAACCGACGAAGUUCUGGCGCAAACAGGCGAGGUUAUAGCCAAAACAUUCACCAAAGUCAUGUGAAGAAGAAUCAAUCAUAUCUGAUCUACUGAAGCAUAUCCUGCUACCAGAAGGGAAUACGAAAACAUAUCUCGUUUUAUGCUAGUCCACCUUUUGUGAUUAUAGAUAGUGAAAACUGAAUUGCUCAAAUUCUUAUAAAUAAUAGGUGUUAGACCUAAAAUCAAAUGAAAGAGUUGUAAAAUCGAAAACAGCUCAAGAAGUAAAGAAAUUUGUCAAUGCUGAAGAUGAAAUAUUACAGCAUGUUUUUCUUAAGAAGACGGACUUUGAUUUUGAAGGCUGUGCUUGUUUUAACUGCACUAUGGUUUAUGAUUGCACUACUAACGACAAAUGGAGGAACGAGAAAUAAUUUAGUUGCGCCUCCUGAGUACGAUGACGCUGAUGCAAGACCCUUGAAGUUAGCCAAACCUACAUCAGUAAAGAGAAAAAGCGAAUCUUACGGAAACAUUCUAUCUGAUGAUAAUUAUCCUUCUUUGAUCAGAAACUCACCCGAAACAAAUAAACUGAAGAUCAAUUGGAUGGUUCGCAUAAGCGGGGACGAAGGACUUGGAGUCUUAGCCGCUCCAGGAUCGGACAAUGCUCCCGGGGAACUCGGAAAACCGGUCGUGCUGCCCAAGAAUCUCAGUGUGGAGGCCAAAGAAGCCGUCGCCGUUGGAUGGAAGAAGAACGCCUUCAAUCAAUACGUCAGCGAUCUUAUAUCGAUUAGAAGGAAACUUCCUGACCCGAGGGACGAAUGGUGUAAACAACCAGGGCGGUAUUUGAAGAAUCUGCCAAAGACAUCAGUGGUGAUAUGUUUCCACAACGAGGCGUGGUCGGUUCUGUUGAGGACUGUACAUUCGGUACUGGACAGGUCGCCUCCCGAACUAAUCCAGGAAAUCGUAUUGGUUGACGACUUCUCUGAUAUGCCUCACCUGAUGCAACAAUUGGACGACUACAUGUCAGCUUUACCAAAAGUACGGAUAGUUCGCGCGACUCGUCGAGAAGGCCUCAUCAGGGCCCGGUUACUGGGCGCGCGGUACGUCACCGCUCCAGUGUUGACGUAUCUCGACAGCCACUGCGAAUGCACUGAAGGUUGGCUUGAACCACUCUUGGACAGAAUAGCACGAAACAAAACGACAGUAGUAUGCCCUGUCAUCGAUGUCAUUGAUGACAAUACCUUGGAGUAUCACUACAGAGAUUCAACAGCUGUGAAUGUUGGUGGAUUCGAUUGGAACCUGCAGUUCAAUUGGCAUCCUGUACCAGCAAAGGAGCGAGCGAGACACGAGCAUACUGCUGAACCUGUCUGGUCACCAACGAUGGCUGGUGGUCUAUUCGCAAUUGACAAAGAAUUCUUCGAACGGUUGGGCACUUAUGACAGCGGCUUUGAUAUAUGGGGUGGGGAGAAUCUAGAACUGUCUUUUAAAACGUGGAUGUGUGGCGGGACGCUGGAAAUAGUUCCGUGCUCGCAUGUCGGUCACAUAUUCAGGAAGCGUUCGCCCUACAAAUGGCGGACCGGAGUCAAUGUACUGAAGAAAAAUUCCGUUCGUUUGGCUGAGGUGUGGCUGGACGACUACGCUAAGUACUACUAUCAGCGUGUUGGCAACGAUAAAGGGGAUUACGGUGACAUAACUAGCAGGAAAAUGUUAAGGGAACAACUGGGUUGCAAAUCUUUUGAAUGGUACUUGACGAAUAUUUACCCUGAGCUAUUUAUCCCAGGGGAAUCCGUGGCUCACGGAGAGAUACGAAACUAUGCGUUCUUAAGGCGUAUGUGUCUUGAUGGUGACGAUGACGUCAACGCAGACCUUGUUGGAACUAAAGUGUACCCAAACAGAUGCCAUCAUAACCAUGCGAAUCAGUAUUGGAUGUAUUCAAAGAAUGGGGAAAUCAGAAGAGACGAGACUUGUCUUGACUAUUCUGGACACGACGUCGUUUUGUAUCCUUGUCACGGUUCCAAAGGGAACCAGCUAUGGCUGUAUGAUAAUGCUAAUAAGCAUAUAAAACAUGGCUCUAGCGAAAAAUGUAUGGCGAUAUCAAGGAAGAAGGACAAAAUCGUAAUGGAGGUGUGUAACGACCAGGAAACGAGGCAGAUGUGGAACAUGGAGAAUUUCAACCCAGCGAGACUGUCUCCAGAGCUCGUGCAAGAGUAGCCGGAGGCCUACGAUGAAAUCCUCUUCAUCUAAGAGACAGAGACUCGAGUGUUGACAAAUCACUUGUUUUUGAACGCAACGUGUGCUUAGUGUUUGUGAUUUCAAUUGCACUGGACUAUAAUGGUUAAGAUUUUGAGGCUAAUUGCUGUAACCUUGCUAAUGUACAGUAUUACAAUAAAGGCUUUGGCCAAUGUUGUUUACUCGAAAUCUUAGCUUUAUUCAAGAAGAAUUGAGGCCAUUUUUAUAAUAGUUGAUAAGGCUGCUGAUGUAUAUUUAAAUAAUAAUCUAGAUGUACCAUAAUUUCAAUUACCGGCUUCUGUAGAAGUUAGUAAUGUAGAAACAGUAAUUGAUGAUGUCACUCGUUAUAACGUCACGGUUUUGGCCUAAUGUGUCUAGGGACUGAUUCUCCUCCCUCCCGCCAAUUGAUUACUUGUUACACGUGUUCGGUUAGAGAUUUGGGAAUCUUAUCGUUAAUUGAAUUAAGCGUGCUCGGCUUCGAGGAAAACGUGUUCCUUGAACGUGUCUGAGUUUAGCUGACAAUGCCAGUUUCAGACUUAAGUCAAUGGUUUAUUUAACUGUACAUUUCAAGGUGUAUAAUCAUCAUUUCACUGAUUUACGUAUACGGAAAUAUCAAUUGUAUCGAGCUAUUUUAUUUCUACUCACUUUGAAAGUGAAUUUAUUUCCUUAUCACCAGAUACUCAGCAAUAGCAAAAUUUGGGCAUCAUUUAAAAUUUUAUAUCAAUAUUUUAAAUUUUAAUCUGAUUUUAAGUUUUAAGUUGUGUCCAAAUUUUUGUGAAAUAAAAAAGUUUUGUUACAUUGGCUAAGUCUGCAGCAUUGGUGAUGCCAGGUAUAGCCAUGAUCGUGUCGAAUCGCGUACAUUGCGGAUUUAUAUAUUCAGCUUUUCAUUGAAUGCAAGAAAAAUCCAAAAAUAUAGUUCUUUUGCCACGAUCAUGGUUAUUUCAUUGUGAUCAUCACAAUAGUUAGUUUAUAUACAUAUUUAGGAUAUUAUAUUUUUAUGAUAAUAUAUGUUUCUCUGCGCGAAAGUUUUUAUACAAGUUUGGGCAUUUUGAAGUUAUGACGGCAUAUUUUUCAUAACAAACGUCUGCGUUUUUCUCUUGUGGACAGUUUGAUGUAUAAAUAUGAUCGAAAAAUUAUAUGUUUUGAAAUUUUAUGAGUCGAGUGAUUUUUGUGUCUGUAGUUGUCACACAAUUCUCUGUAUUAUAAUAACAUCACUUGAUUGCUUUUAUAACAAAGUCUUUUUUUCUAAUUGGAUGUUUUUUUAUUAAUCGAAAUUUUAUUUAUCGUUAUUCAAAAGUAUUUUGUACAAAAUAUCCUGUUUGUAUUGAAAUAGUAUUCUGUAAAAAGUAUUAUCUACUAUUUAGCUAUAGCUGAUACUAACUUGUACAUAUCUAUUUGACAUAUUAUAUAGUACGAUAUAUUUAUAAUAUUUAUUAUACCUAAUUACUGUGUGCGAUGUUUUUUUUUUAGAUUUUAUGGAAUUAUUGUGAUUUACUUUUAAAAUGUAUCAUAGUCAUUUUGACUUAUCAACUAGGUACCUACGUAAUCUAGUAAAUUUAUUGUAUAGAAAUUGAAUAGUUAGAUAUUAAAAUCAAUUUUUAUGUUAUUCAAUAUUUGGGUGAGUCUAUCUAUAUACAUAUUUUUUUUAUUAAAGGAAUAGUGUUUUAAACGAAUUUAUAUUUAUUUUAGUUGGAUUUCGUAACUAGAAAGAUUUUAAACGAAAGUGACUGAAUUUUAGAGUUUAUUUUUUUCUUGAAUUUCUGUAACGUAAUAAAUAAUAUUUUGGUAUGUUUCACUUAUAUUUAAGUAGAUUUAAUGUCUCAAAUAUUUUUUUACGUCUGUAUGACUAUCGGAUUUAUUUUUAUUAGGGUUAGAUAAUUCCAUUUACGUAAAAUAUUCCAGGUUUUGUGUAAAAUUGUGUUUGUGUUUUAUGAAACCAUUUAUAUUAAUAUAAUAUUAACUUGUUGACUUUGACCUUUACAUUCCUUUUUCAUGUGAUUUAAGAUUGUUUAUUUCGAAAAAAAAAUCCUAUGUCUGUGAAUCAUAUAUGUUCAUUUUGAUAAUAAAAAACAUAUCUUUGAUUAAUAGAGUUUUGCCAAAAUUUUUGUAUACAAUCUACACAAAUACGUACAGUUACGUUGGUCUUCCUAUUUUUUUUUCAAACAUUAUUCUGUGGAAAUACUAAAGAAUUGGUUGACUGCUCAAAGUUCGUCAAUGCACACUCACUAUUGAUUUUAUUGUAUUGUAACACUUAUCUUUAAUAGGUGCUCAAGUUUGUUUCUAGAAAUUUUCAGUUAGUGUUUAUACAUUUUUUUUCAAAAAGUUUGGUUUUGCUUUCAAAAAUAUAUCUGAAAUAGUAUUUAAAAAAUACAAUUUAAAUUUAUUUAGAUAUCAUUGUAACUCUUUGAAACUGCUGUUUUGUAACUAGUGAAGAUAAAGGGAAAAAUUAUCUUUGUUCGAAACCAGUUUCGACUCAAGAAUUAUAAUUUCUUUUUACAAAGUCACAAUUACGUACAAAUAAAUUUUGUAGUAUUUUGUAUGGUUUCAAUGUGACUAGUCUGAUGUGGGUCAUCUCUUUUUCUUCAAUAUGAGAACGUAAAUUCUUGUCUUUUUUUAAUUUAAUUAAUGUGUCAGUAAAAACUUUCAGCUCAAUUUUGUUAGACUUCUAAUUUUCCGCUAAUUAUUUUUUUAAUGUUUACAAAUGUAUAAAAUUUGUAGUUACUAAUAUUGUCGAUGUAGGAAUAUUAAAUGUGCCUUAUAUCUUUACAUAGGUUAUAUUUGAAUGUUGAAAUUUCUGUAUAUAAAGCGGUGUCACUUGUAUUAUACAUAGCAUAGUAAAUAGAUGGCGAUAAAUUUGUAAAAUAAAGCAUUAUGUUGGAUUUGUACA